AUGGGCAGUGCCUGCUGGGAACUCUAUUGUUUAGAACAUGGGAUCCAACCAGACGGGCGUACAUCCGACAUUGCUACUGGGCCAAUUGAGGACAACUCGUUCACUACGUUUUUCAAUGAUACUGGGUCCGGACAUCAUGUGCCCCGGGCGGUGUUUGUUGAUCUAGAGCCAACAGUGGUCGAUGGUUUGCGAAAUGGAGCCUACCGACAGUUGUUCCACCCCGAACAAAUAAUUAGCGGCAAGGAAGAUGCCGCAAACAACUAUGCUCGCGGGCAUUACACUGUUGGGAAGGAAGUGAUCGACCAGGUGAUGGAUCGUAUUCGGAAAUUGUCAGAUCAAUGUCAAGGUCUUCAGGGCUUCCUCGUAUUUCACUCAUUCGGCGGUGGGACCGGAUCGGGUUUCACUUCUUUGCUGAUGGAGCGACUUUCCGUUGACUAUGGGAAGAAGGCGAAGCUAGAGUUCGCCGUCUAUCCAGCUCCACACAUUGCGACGGCUGUUGUGGAGCCCUACAACUCAAUCCUGACAACACACACGACUUUAGAGCACACGGAUUGCGCUUUCAUGGUUGACAACGAAGCUAUCUACGACAUCUGCCGUCGUAACCUGUCCAUCGAUCGUCCGACAUACACAAACUUGAACCGCUUGAUUGGGCAGGUGGUGAGCUCAGUGACGGCUUCGUUACGUUUCCAAGGUGCCCUGAACGUGGAUUUGAACGAAUUUCAGACCAAUCUGGUUCCGUAUCCUCGUAUCCACUUCCCACUGUCGUCAUACGCUCCGGUGAUCUCUGCCGAGAAAGCUUUUCAUGAACAGUUGAACGUCAACGAGAUUACCAAUUCAUGUUUCGAACCGGCCAACCAGAUGGUGAAAUGUGAUCCGCGUCGUGGGAAGUACAUGGCCUGUUGUCUUUUGUAUCGCGGCGAUGUGGUUCCGAAAGACGUGAACGCGGCGAUCACGAGGAUCAAGACGCAGAAGACGGUGCAAUUCGUGGACUGGUGUCCUACGGGCUUCAAGGUUGGUUUGAACUAUCAGCCACCGACCGUUGUUCCCGGUGGUGACCUAGCGAAGGUGCCACGAGCGUUGUGCAUGUUAAGCAACACGACGGCGAUUGCGGAGGCUUGGGCUCGUUUGGAUCAUAAAUUCGAUCUUAUGUAUGCGAAACGGGCGUUCGUUCAUUGGUAUGUUGGUGAGGGGAUGGAAGAAGGUGAAUUUUCGGAGGCACGUGAAGAUAUGGCGGCCUUGGAGAAGGACUAUGAGGAAGUUGGAUCUGACACUGUUGGUAUUGAUGAAAACGAUGACAUUGAUUAUUAA